AUUCAUGUUACUUUUCCGGUACUCGGAAGCAAUAUGGCGAAUUUGAAGCAUGCCGAAGACGACCCAAAACACGUGAAAAUGCCAGGUGAAAUCCCGGGGACUUGUGCUCAAAAAACGGGAGAAGAACUGUCCUCUGUGGUGGGUGCACAUGUAAGCGAGGUUCCCUGCUCAAUUCCGUCUUUUGCCGCCGCUUCCGAACUGGUGUCGGCGCCGUACUCAUGUCUGGUCAUGAACACGCACCGAAGACACGUCGCCAUGCCGCCCUUGUACCUGAACAAGAAGAGGACGGGUCUACGAGAGGAGCUGGAUGCCGAACUGCUUAAGUACUCACCGAGCCUAAAAGGUGUACCCAUAGCUUAUGACAACAUACGGAUUGUGGGCCAGCAUGGAGGCAUUUAUGAUGACAGCGGCUACAUCCACAUGGACAUAGAAGCCAACUUUAUUAUAUUUCAACCUAUGAAGGGACAAAGACUGCUGGGAAAGGUGAAUAAACUUGGUGUGAGUCACGUGGGAUGCCUGGUGCACAGCUGCUUUAAUGCCAGCAUUCCCAAGCCAAACCUGGUUUCUGUGGACACCUGGCGGGAAGCAGGGCCCAGGAUUGGAGCUGAGUUGGAGUUUGAGGUGACUACGCUUGAUGCUGACACCGUAGGAGUGCUGCUGAUAAGAGGAAAACUGGACAGAACCAAGGUUCAGGAACUCCUGGCCAUGGCUGAGACCUCAGAAACGGACAUCUCUGUUAACCAACUCGAGCUACAAGAAACAGAAGCAGCAGCAGAACCCCCUGAGGAGUCUGUUGUGGAAGAUUCCGCCAAGAAAAAGAAGAAGAAAAAGAAAGAUAAAAUCAAGGAGGAAGCGAUGGAAGAGGAAACGGUGCAGGACAGCAAUAAUGCCACACUAGAGAGGAAUGGAACCGAGAGUGAUGCAAACGACAACGAACCCGGUGAGAAAAAGAAGAAGAAGAAAAAGGAGAAGAGGAUCAAGGAAGAAGAGGAGCAGGUUCACCUGUCUCCCACAGAGAUCCAUGCCAGCGACUCCAGCGGUUACCAUAGUGACAAGCCCAGCAAAAAGAGGAAACAUGAAACCGAGCACGAAGACAUCCUGUCAGGUUUUAGUCAAGAAGCACCAAAGUCCAAGAAGAAGAGGAAAAGUGACAUUGUGUAAAAAAAACAAAAAAAACAAAACACACCACACAUUCAGGAAACGUCUGAAAUGCCUUGAUAACGUCACAUGACUUACGGGGCCACAAACUGCCAGUUUCAGGGCAGGUGCCCUGAGAAGGAUUGCAAUUUCCUCAUUUGACCUGAUGGGGGAGCAAAACAGCAAGUAAAAACUCGGCCUUUUUAACAUGAGAAAAAUACCGUAGUAUGUAUUUGCUUCCCAUUGUACUUCCAACUGCCGUCUAACGCUUGACUUAAAAGUCUCAUGUGAUCACCUGCAGGCCAAAGAAACAUUUGGACUGGGGAGGAAGAAUGUGAAAUGGCCAACUGCAGUAUAUAUUAGUAGUCUUGCAAGGACAGUUCCCAAAGAAUAUCUAAAAUAAAUAUAUACUGCCAUUUAAGAACCUGUUUUUUGUCAUGAAUUGGGUUUAAAACGCUAGGAUUAUUUGGAACAGUAUCCCUCUUGUGACGAUAUUUUUCACAGUAGAGUCUCUUUCAUGCUGACCAUGUGAGUGUCAGGUGAUGAAGCGUCGAGAGACGGCUUUAAGAUCCGGUGUGUUUUCUUUACCUCCUACCUCCAUGCGCGCACACACACACACACACAAAUCCUGCCUUUCAGUGGGGAGUCUAAUUAGUGUUAAAGUGCAAAGAGCUGGGGAGCUUAUCAGGAGCCGCCUAAAGAGGAGAGAUAAGGAGACGCAGUUAAAUCGCCGCCUCUUCACCCGUCACACCUGAUCAUUUCGUUAUCGCCAUGGGCGAACCCAUUACUGCCUACUUACAGCGAACACUUCCCUUCCUCUAAAUUCCGUGAUACCUUAAUCACUUAUUGUAAGGGUUGAAUACAAACCUACGGACUGCUAAGUUACUAGUGGAAUUUAGCCCUUAUGACCUACUCAUAAGCACCUUUUACUGCAGUAUUACCAAUAAUACUCAUUAUUUAGAAUGUGGAGAUGAGGAAAACACACGGGAAACCUUGAUACAUUGCAUCAUCGCCUAAAAAUGAAAACAAACCAAAGCACAGGGUUAGCCUUACACAGAUACCUUUUACAAAGCCAACAGUAAAUCUUUCCUGAUUGCUAGCUAUACAAUACAAUAGAGAUUUAUUGCCAUCUAUAAUGGCACAUAGCAGCAGAGGUACCAUGGGACAGUUGAGAGCAGGGUCUGAAAGAUAAAGAUCCAGAAAUAUCAGGAAAAUAGUCAGUAGGUAGAAUAUUAAAAGCUGUAUAAACCGUACAGUAUGUCAAAUAUCCGUACAAUAUAAACUGGAAUUAGUUUAACUAGUGGCUGUAGUUUGUAACGAGAGGCUGCUGCAAUGCUGUGAAGUUUUUUCUGUUUGCUCUUAUUUGUCUUAUUUCCAGACAAAAUGCCAAAAACACCACUUGUGCACUGCACUGUACGCCUGUGAAAAUGACAACUGAGACUGCAAUCAUGGCAAUCAAAGUCUGCAAUCCUAAAGACAUCACAUUGCAUUGCAGUGAUUGCAGAGUACUAGCAUGUACGUACAUGAGCGAAACCUACUCAAUCCAUGGUAUGCAUUAUAAAAAAAUGAACAUUUCCACAAUAAUAAUUGCUAACUAUUUAACUCAUUUGGCCCUCGGUGACCUCCGUCUGCCUUUUGCCUGAUGUCAACUCUGGCCUGUGUGCACCUGCACUUGAGCUCUCCUCUAUCGCCUCACAUUUAUCUUGUCAUUCUUGCAAUCUCACCCCAACGCACACUCCCCCUUUCUCCCCCACCCAGCUUUUUCUCUCUCCUCCUACUUGUUCCACUGAUUUAUUGGAGGCGGAGUGCAGUUCACACACAUUCCACUCCAGACUCCCCUCCUGCCACUGGACCCUCAUAUCUAGGCAUGCUCAUUUAUCUUCAUCAUCCUAUGAUGGCCAGAAGAAGAAGAAGGAGGAAAGCGUGUUGUUUUUGUUGAGCAGGCCAGGCAAUCUUUCCUUUACACCUCUUGUCUGCCUUUGUUGUGUGUGUGUGUGUGUGUGUGUGUGAGUGUGUAAGGUGCCUUUCUGUGUGUCAAAGUUUCCAUGCUAGGCGGGUUCCUGCAGAACCAUGGCGUCUUCUCGCAGAACAAACGGUUCCCUGGUUGAGAACACACACACAUGCGGAAACGAGUCUUGCCACACAUUCACUUGGCCCUCUCACCCACGCAUGCACACCUUAUCCCCAAGCCACAAUCCACAAACCUCCAUCCUCACACACCCCGCUUUGGCCGAAAUAAUUAAUGUGGUCUGCCCUCAGCCCCGUCCCAGAGCCCCAAAUGGCAGCAGGUCAUAAAACUUAAGUGUUCCACCAGUCAGAGCUGUGCAACUGCGGCUAUUAAUCGUCCAACACGACCCAGGCGAGAGUU